AUGCUGUUGGGGAUGAGUGCCUGCAGCAGGAAGGCACUGACCCUGCUCAGCAGCGUGUUCGCUGUCUGCGGCCUCGGCCUCCUGGGCAUCUCUGUCAGCACCGACUACUGGCUCUACCUGGAGGAGGGCAUCGUCCAGCCCCAAAACCAGACUGCUGAAAUCAAGCUGUCGCUGCACUCGGGGCUCUGGAGGGUCUGCUUUCUGGCAGGUGAAGAGCAUGGCCGGUGCUUCACUAUUGAAUACAUCAUGCCCAUGAACAUCCAGCUGACGUCUGAAUCCACAGUCAAUGUCCUGAAGAUGAUCUGCUCUGCCACCCCCUUCCCUCUGGUCAGCCUCUUCUUCAUGUUCAUUGGCUUCAUCCUGAGCAACAUUGGCCACAUUCGGCCUCACAGGACCAUCCUCGCCUUCGUCUCGGGGAUAUUCUUCAUCCUGUCGGGUCUGUCCUUGGUGGUGGGGCUGGUCCUCUACAUAUCCAGCAUUAACGACGAGAUGCUGAACAGGACCAAAGACUCGGACACGUUCUUCAAUUACAAAUACGGAUGGUCGUUUGCUUUCUCUGCCAUCUCAUUCCUUCUCACAGAGAGUGCCGGGGUGAUGUCCGUUUACCUCUUCAUGAAGCGAUACAUGGCUGAGGACAUCUACCGACCUCACCCCAGCUUCUACCGUCCCCGUCUGAGCAACUGCUCCGACUACUCGGGGCAGUUCUUGCACCCGGAUGCCUGGGCGCGGGGACGGAGCCCUUCGGAUAUCUCCAGCGAGGCCUCCUUGCAGAUGAACAGUAACUACCCUGCUCUGCUCAAGUGCCCUGACUACGACCAGAUGUCCUCGUCCCCAUGCUGAGCCCUACCAGCCUUGCGCCUGC